AUGGUCAAUCCACUCGAUUUAACUAAAUAUACUGAAGACGAUGAAGAUGAUGAAGAAGCUUUCUUGGAAUCUGAACAAAAAAAGAACAAAAAAAGAUCAGAUUGGGCAAAGGGAAAAUCGAGAGCUCAACCAAGUGAAAACUGGGAUAAUGAUUUCCUCUUCGGUUCGGUUUCAACCGAAUCUCUUCCUUUACCUUCGAAGAAUGCGUCUCGUCCAAAUCCACCUACGAGGAAACCGGGUUCAGCUCAAUCUACCUCUGCUUCCACUCAUUUACACUCAUCAUCUCUUCAGCAUUCACUCAAUCAACCGCUUCCUCAACUUCCGAAACAUGCUCCUUCCAACUCACGACCUCUCCUCAGAACUGGCAAUAGUCAUAAAACAGAAGAUGAUUCCGCUCUAAACUUGAUCCCUCAGGACAGUAAUUGCUCUACGCCCCGCAAGAAGGAUCCUCACUCUCCACGAUCUCACCUCUCAGUACCACCUUCUCUGUCAUCCUUUGCAUCUUCGAAUUCAUCUUUCGAUCCUACCGCCUCUCCUUCCUUGCGCUCUUCUAUCAAAAAUACUCCCAAACCUCAACCCCAUCAUCCACCUGCUUCACUUCCUACCGCGUCACGCGGUUUGAGUUUGACUCAUACUGCUCUCGACCUUCAAAACUCGUCCCUCGAUUCAGGCUCAAAAGCAAGCCCCAAGACUAUGGGCCGCAAGGGUACUGUCUCAGAUCGUACUUCACGACCCUCACGACCGCCUCUUUCACUUCGAACUCGUCAGGCUUCACAUAAAGCUGUUUCCUCUCAAGAUUCCGUACCUUCUGUAUCCGAAAUAUCUUCGGUAGACAUUCGGAGUCCAUCCUCUAGUCUCUCAACCACAGAUGAUGGUCAUGGAAAUUGGAGUAGAUCAAGUGGUGAUUAUAGUGCUGGGUUUGGUGGCAGUGGCAAAGGGAAUCGGAGUUUUAACACUGAAACCGAAUUUACUGAGCCUGAGACUGAACUAGAUUGGGGUGAUGACACGGAUUUUGAAAAUCGAUCGUCUUGUUCACCAGCCAAUCUCAGACAACCUGCGGAUCGAGCAUUACAUCGAUCUCAACCUGCUACACAGACGGCUAAGCUCAAUGGGAAUAAUCCAAGUCGAACCACUAGGUCGGGUAGCACUGCUCAUUCCAAUCACCUCGAUGAGCCUUUGCGAGCCAUAUCCGAUUCUAGUUCAUAUCGCUCAAACCUGGUCUCUUCUCCACUAGAGUCAUCUUCACUUUCAGCAUCACAAAAGUCAAAUGAACGCAACCAGGUCCGACGAUCUGCUCAUUCUAGUUUUGACUCACAGACUACCUUCACCACGACACACUCUUCAAAAUCUAGAAAUCUCAAUAAUCCAACUUGCCUCAAUUCUGCUGCUUCUUCUUCCUCUUCUAUUGGGUAUUACAAAUCAAAUCAUUCAGACAUCUCUCUCAAAUCCUCCGCGUCGAGGGUCAGUCGUGAUAGUGUUGAAGUCUUGACGAACAAUUUGAGUCAGAAUCAUGAAGCUCAUCUCAGGAGACAGCAAGCACGCACUCCCUCUUUAAGUUCUGCAUCAUCCAACUUUCCAUUACCUUAUGGCAACCAUUCAUCAGACUCAUAUGAAGCUGCUACCUCUGGCACUGAAACCGACGGUCUUUCAGAUUAUGCUCAAGCCCAUCGUCGAAAAUCCCCAAUGGCCUCCACCUCCUCAUCCAAUCGAGUCACUCCGAAUGCCACUCAAAGAUCUCGAAAGCAAGCAUUAUAUUCAAGGCCUCCAAACGCCAAUCCAUCGACAUCUGUCUCCUCUCUUGCAGGCUCGAUGAGUUCUACUACGUUGAAUAUGAACUCGCUCCUCUCACCAGAUCGCUUCGCUGAUGAUGGUGAUGCAGACGCAGAUAUCAGUUUUGCGCCAUCCACUGAAGAUGACAGUAGGCUCAAAAACUUGCGGAAAAAACUUAGACGAAAACGCCCCUCUGCACUCGCUUUGAGUCCUACCCCUAUCAACAAUUCAUCGACGGUAUUGGAUCGCAAACCUAGCGUAUCCGAGUCAAUAUAUUCAGAUAACCAACUAUCAGGCGAUUUGGCAUUUGCUGCUGAUUCAGAUGAAGAAGGUAGAGGCCAGUUGCGACGUACAUCUCACACCGUGGCAAUUGGUUCGACUUCACCAUAUCAAGUCAUUGAUACAGCAGAAGUUCUCAGUAUCAAUCUCCGUUCUCCCACUCCAGUUGCUCCCGGCCCUGGUUUCAAUCAUCGAGCUCGCUCUAGUGUCUCUCAUUCUGGUCCUGGCCCCAGUCCUCUUCUCACUGGUCCCAGCUCGAAGCCUACUACGGCCCCUGAACCCGGAACUGUCGCGAAGAAGUUCAAGUCUAGGAGACCACUGUCUUUCACUGCUCUUCUUUCGCGCAACUCUAUAGCUUCAAUCAGUUCUGCACAGAGUUCUAAUAAUAUCGCUGGAGAUCGUCACAUGGAUUCUAUUCCACAUUCCGCUUCCCCUGGUCGCGGUCUCUUUGCUCGCAAGUCAAGUGAGACUGUGCGAGACCAAGUGUCCAAGAAAGAAACCUCCAGAACCCAAUCUCACUCAUCCGGUAGAGACUCCCAGUCCAUACUCAGCGAGAGGCCUACUCGAGGUCACUUUCGUCAAGCGGCGUCGAUAGGUUCCAACCCGGUGAAUUACAAAGCAUCCAAGCAGUCCAACACUUCACUCGAACCCAGUGAGAGCUUUAUCUCACGUGUUCGAAGGCUGUCUUCGAGACAAUCACAUCAUAAAACUCCUCCAGCGACACCUAACCGGAAGCGUUUCUCGAUCAUGAGCGGCGCAACACGCACAACACCUUCACAACAUCUUCAAUCUCCACCCACUACUGCAUCCCAGGCUCACUCUGCAGCAUCUACGCCUAGCUCUAAACGAAAUCAUCGAUCUCCCACUGUCAGCGGUAUCACAGCUUCCAACAGUAAGGGGAGUGAAUUGACCGUUAGAGCCGAUUCAGAUGCUGGACGCAAAGCUAGACCUUCUUCGAAAGAUUCGAGCAGCUCGCGUCCUUCUGGUUUGUUACGCGGUUCUAGUUUGCGCAGAAAGUUUUCAACUUCAACCAAUAACAAAGCUUCGGUUGAUGAACCUAAUUUGACUGUCUCUCCGCCAGCUGCACCUCAGUCUAUCACUGAUCACAAUCUGAGUGGAAGUGCGAGUAGCUUGAGUAGUAGUACUGGACCCCGACUUCGUUCUAUGGGCUCAUCUAAACCACCCAAGAGUAAUCCUGCUCUCAGAAAAAGGGUGGCAGCUAGUGUUUCAGCGACAUUAGAAAAUUAUAAAUUAGCCAAUCCUUCUACCCCUUCACAAAGCAUGGAUGACUUUCAACUCGUUUCUCCCAAGUCACCAGAUUUUGAUUUCUCGCCAGAUCCAUCACUUCGUUCACAAUCCAGUCGGUUCAUGAAAUCUGGUGAUUCAACUUAUGCGCCAUAUUCAGAGCCAAUUCCUGAUCAAUCUAUUUUACCUACUAGUACCAUCUCACCUAUCAUACCUAGUACCAUGGGAGGUAUCAAUGCAGCCUUGGGUAGAAGUAACAGUAUGGGGGAAUUGAGGAUUCCUUCAAGGAUCACAUCUCAGCAAGGUCGUUUACACACUGAAUUGAAUCAGAUGAAAGAAUUUGCUAGAGGCAUUGACGACUUGAAAUUGAUGAGGCGAAAUUAUCGUAGACUGAUUGAAUCGACCACCCGAGCCCGAUUGACUUCUGCUACCAGUGAAUCGAGCAUGGCAGCGAGUGACGAGAAUGAACACCCAUCUACAGAGUCACCUAAGAUGUCAUCAGAAGACACUGAAUCAGUUCAGCCGAGUCCACGAGCGCUUGCAAGGAUCUCAUCCAACAUAGCCAGGAUCGAAUUGAAUUAUCGAGAAUGGUGGACGUGUUGUAAUGUAUUGAUAGAUUUAGGAGAAGGUGAAAAGGAUCCGAAAGAAAGAUUUCCACAUGAUCGAAUUCCCACCAGUUCUUCAGAAAGAUUAGGAUCACCCAAAGAAGGAGAACAGGAUUCAGAAGAACAUGAACAUUUUGAGAUUUUAAAGAAUAUGUUUGGACCUGGUGGACCGAUUGAGAAUGAAAGCGUCAAAACCCCACCUAAACAACAAAACGUAUUGAGAGGUGAAAGAUCAUUUGAAAGAACACCGGUAGUGAAAUCUCAAAGGAUCUUGAAGAAUGUUUCAUCUUCUGGUCCAAUCUUGAUGAUGUCACCUGAAACACCUAUAGCUAGAACUUUACCAGAUAGUGAUGGAUUUGUGAUUGAAGAUGAAGAAGAUGAUAAUGAUGGAUCAGUUAAAGGAAAAGAACAUUUAACUAAUCGAAAGUUAUGGGUAGAUAGUCCAAGUGAAGCCAGUAGUGAAGGACAUCAAGAAAGUUUAAGAAUUGAAAAGAAUUUAAGAGGAAAACAUCAUAUCUUGAGAAGAAGUGGUGGAGGUGGUGGUGGUGGUGGGAAUAGUAGUAUUAGAGUUUGUUCUGAAGGAUGUGGAUCGGUUAAUUCUUCGGGUGGAGGAUCUAGAACAUCUAAAUCUUUGAUUAAAUCAUCACCUAUUCCGAUGGUCAAUCAACAACAAUCUAGGAAGAUUAGUUUGAUUAUGAGGAAUGGAAGUGGGAAGAUUAAUGGAGCUGGAUCGGCUAGGAACGCAUUACAAGGUGUGAAAGAUUUCUUGAGAACCUUGAAAGCUAAGAUUCAAGAAGAUAAAAUGAUACGAAAAAAUACGAUCUCAUCCACUUCAUCUAUCUCUGCAAUCUCAUCCAACAGCUCGAUCUUCAUUGAAAUCGAACCCAACACUCAUGAGAUCUUAGACUCAACAUCAAAAGAAGUUUCACCUACACCAUCGAUUUCGUCAUCUUCUUCUUCUUCUUCAUCAUCAUCUGAAGAAGAAUGUUGGGAUGAUCAACUUUUAGACCCUACCCCUAGUACUAGUAAUAUGGGAAUCGGAACUUCUACGGGAAAGAAACGCUUGGCUUUGUCUUCGGAAAGAAUGCCUCAGUUGUUGAGUUAUUUGGCGAUCGUUAGAGAUCAGUGUGAAGCUUGUUUAGAUGAAUUGAAAUCACAAACUGUUUAG